AUGAACCAAAUAUUUCAACAUCAAUUGAGGCGAUUCGUACUGGUUUUCUUUGAUGAUUUACUUGUGUACAGCAUCACUAUGACUGAAUACCUGCAGCAUAUGAGGAAGGUAUUUUCCAUUCUCUCAACAAAUUCUCUUCAUAUUAAUGCCAAGAAAUGUAGAUUUAGAGAAAGCAAACUAGAGUAUUUGGGCCAUUGGGUGUCGGUAGGAGUAGAAGUCGAUAAGGAGAAGAUAUCUGCCAUGACUAAUUGGCCAAUUCCUAGAAAUCUUAACUCCGUGAGUUCCUAGGACUCACUGGAUAUUACAGGAAAUUUAUUGCCAACUAUGCUUCAAUUGCAUGACCACUAACACAAUUACUAAGAAAAGAUGCAUUUUUUUGGUCAAGAGAAGCACAAGCAACCUUCUCGACCCUUAAACAAGCAAUGACUAUGGCUCCAGUAUUAGCAUUACCAAAUUUUUCACAAGAAUUUAUCGUGGAAACUAAUGCUUCUGGAUCAAGUGUUGGGGCCAUUCUCAUGCAACAAGGGUGCCCGAUAGCUUAUUUUAGUCAAGCACUUCCAAGAAGAGCCAAAUUAAAAUUGGCCUAUGAACGGGAGUUGAUGGCUAUAGUGUUGAUAGUAAGGAAAUGGAGGCAUUAUCUUAUAUGUCAACAUUUUAUCAUCAAAAUAGACUAG